AUGCCCUACUCCGGCCUGGUGCCGCCGGCCAGCAGCCUGAGCCGGGAGACGGCCGCCGCGCAGGAGGCGCUGCUCUGGCCGUACCGCGGCCACUGCGCCUCCUUCCACAACUUCUGCUACUACUUCCUGCAGAUCUUCUUUAUCGGCGCCGCCAUGUCGGGCGUGGCGCUGGUGCUGGCCGACGCGUUUUUCCGCCAGCGCUGGCCGCACGUGCACGGCCUGCUCUUCAUCGGCGUGCUGCUGGUGUUCGUCUCGGCGGUGAUGCUGUUCGUGUUGUGCCAAGGCUAUUCCGCUGCGUGA